AUGCUCAAUCUUGGACGGAUGCCGCGUGCCGAUUAGGUCACCAGCUCGAUAGCCGACACCAUGAUUGCUUAAGCACCUCCGGUCCAACGUUGGGCUAGCUUGAGGUAGCUUUGCAGCCUUGGAAGGUCGCCGGAUCCCAACGGCCGGCCGGCGCGGAAGAUCGCCGGAGCAACAAGAAAAAAAAGGGUAACCACCAGGCACACCGGCCGGAGCCCACAAGACGACGACGACAUCAACACGAUCACCAGUUAAUCCGUAGUAGUGCUUAGUAUAUGCAGGCCUCCAAGGGAAAGGCGCCAAGAGUGAUCGCAUAUCCCUCGUGCAUAUUCCCCGUCUGAAUCCUCCUGACGGACAUCCCAAACACAACAUAAACAAUGCACCAAUCGUCUCUCGUUCACGCGUAUAUAUUGGAUGAACGCUCGAUUCGACGAUGCAUGUAGAUGCCGCAGCAGGCCAUGGCCGUGGCGAACGACGACGCUGGUCCUACUGCUAUCAAUGAUAAAGUCGUCGCCGGCGACGGCGAGGAGGCAAAGGAGCAGCAGCCGGUGGUGCUGAUCACGGGGUGCGCCAAGGGCGGCAUCGGGUACGAGUACUGCCACGCCUUCUCCGCGCUGGGCUGCCGCGUGGUCGCCACCGACAUCCCCGACCGCGUCCCCGACCUCGCGGGCGCGGCGGCGGCCACGGUGCUCCCCCUCGACGUGACCUCGGACGCGAGCGUGGCCAACGCCGUGCGGCGCGUGCUGUCCGAGCACGGGCGCAUCGACGUGCUGGUGAACAACGCCGGGGUCGGGUGCACGGGCCCGCUGGCGGAGCUCCCCGCGGAGUCCGUCCGGCGCGCCAUGGACGUGAACUUCCUUGGCCAGGUCCGGAUGGUGCGCGCCGUGGCGCCGCACAUGGUCGCCCGCCGCUCGGGGCGCGUGGUGAACGUGGGCAGCGUGGUGGGCACCGCCGCCACGCCGUGGGCGGCGCCCUACUGCGCGUCCAAGGCGGCCGUGCACGCGGCGACGGACGCGCUCCGCCUCGAGCUCCGGCCGUUCGGGGUCCACGUGGUGAAGGUGGUCCCCGGCGCCGUGCGGUCGUCGCUGGGCCACGCCAACGCGGUGGGGCUGGCCCGGCAGGGGCAGUGGCGGAUGUACGGGGAGUUCGCGGCGGCGAUCGAGGAGCGAGCGGCGGCGUCGCAGGCGGGGAGGGCGACGGACGCGGGGGUGUUCGCGAGGCACGUGGCGAGGAGGGUGAUGGGCGCGCGGCCGCCGAGGGAGAUCGUGUACGGUCACAUGACGAUGCUGUUCGCCGCGCUGGCGGUGGCGCCCGGGUGGGCGCGCGACGCCUUCUUCGCCAGGCGCUUCGGACUCAACAGGAAGAUACACUGAGUGAGUGAGUGAGCAAUGGCGGGUGGUGUUGUUUUUGGUUGGACUGGACGAGGACGACGACGAAGCGAAUAAAUUGGUCCGUGACGGCCCAAGUUUACUACAGUACCCUUGUCUUGGGGCCCAUUCAGAUUGAGUGGGCUGACAGAGAUAUAUAUACUACUGAACAAAUCAUCAAAUUGGGCUCCAGCGCGUGCGGCCCACGACGAGCUCUGUGUACGGGCCUCCUAAAAACGAAACAAAUUUUUGAGCAGCGUAGACACCUCGCAUUUUCAGGGCCCAGUAAAUGGCAUACCACGAUACAUUUUCCUUGCUUUAAA